AUGGGAUGCUGCUCGUCUAAACCGGCGCCAAAUCAUGGCUAUAACCAUCACGCCGCUCAAAAUGCGAAACACGGUCACGCGAUAUACCCAAAACAUCAUGCUGAUGGAGCAUCGAAUGAGCAAAUUCAAAAGCCUAAAGAGCGACAGCAUGCUCAACGAGCUUAUCAAAAAAAUCACGUUCAUGCUCAAAACCAAGUUUAUCAGCAGCCCAAUGCUCCACAAUACUACCAGCAGCCAGUCGUGCAAGCGGCGCCAAUGAUGGUCCCUAGUCCAGCUGUGGUAGCCGCCGCGCCACCAAUAGUCGUCAUGGACCCGCUAAUUUACGGACCCGUUUACUACGAGCCAAUAAUAAUUGAGCCAGUGAUUUUCGAUGAUGGUUUUUGGUGA